AUGCCACAUUCGAUUAUGAAAGCAGAAGAAUCAAGUUCGGAAAUUGUGACAUCAAGAAAGAUAAAAAUCAAAGAAGAAAUCAAGGAAUGCGAGUCACAGGAAACCCUUUUGUCUUUUGAUCAUGAUUUACCGCCUAAUAUUCCAACAACUCUAACCAGCAGUGUAAUUACUCCCAGCGCAGUUAAAGUUAGUAUCGUUGCUAUCAACAAUUCAUCAAUCUCCACUAAACCCCCAGCAACGCCAAUUGAUAAAUCUAACACGGGUGUUAGUUUGGUUUCUAAAGAAUCGCUGUCUGGUGAUAGAUAUAAGGAUGAGAAAAGAGGUGAUCAUUCAAGGUAG